AUGCGUCAUUCAGGUCUUCAGCGCGAAGUCCUCAAGCUGUACCGAGCUUGUCUGCGUGCUGCAGGCAAGAAGCCAGAGGCGACAAGAGAGCACUUCCGGACCGCAGCAAGACGCGAAUUCCGCAAAAACCAGACUGUGGACAAAAAGGACUUUGGAGCUGUUGAAACACUGAUCAGAAUGGGAGCCCGCAAGCUCGAACUCUACUCUUCGCCUGGUGUUACAGACAUCCAUUGA